AUGGAGAUACCAGCUGAUAUAAAGUACAUUGCACCCUAUAUUCAACGUGGUCAAGAGCUUAGUGAAAGAGAUCCUAUCGUUUCUUACUAUGCUCAAUAUUAUGCGGUGAAAAUGGCCAUUAGCAAAGGUCCGAGUAACAAAGAAACCAAUGCGUACUUGUCACAGCUUUUGGAUAAAUUGGAGCAGGUGAAAACAGCCCUUGGCGCCAAUAAUGAAGCUAUCACCAGCGAUUUGGUGGGCUAUGCACAUCUUGAAAACUUUGCACUCAAAGUGUUUCUCAAUGCUGACAAUGAAGACCGCAGUGGAAAGGCGUCCAAGAAAACCGCCAAGACUUUCUUGGCAGCGUCCAUCUUCUUGGAACUUUUGAAAACGUUUGAUGAUUUAGAUCCAGAGAUCGAGGCAAAGAUUAAGUACGCAAAAUGGAAGGCUGCUGAUAUCAUGAAGGCCCUCCGGGAAGGUCGUACACCCACACCGGGCGCACCUGGUGAGCAGCAACAAGAAGAUGAAGAAAUGGCUCCACCUUCGAACUUUACAGCGCCUUUACCCGGUAAUGCUUCUGCUGAACUGCCUCCAAACUUUACGCCUCCGCCACCCGCCUCCGCCACACCAUCCUCGCCUGGUCAACCUUCUUCUUCUACUACUAUGUCGCAACACCCUUCUCCCCCUCCUGCUGCUACUUCACCGCCCGUCACGCCCAGUAACAGUACGCUUCCACAUGUGCCUCCACCCACAACAUCUACACCGCCUCCACCUGUCGUACAGCAAAAACAACAACCGCCACCGCCACAACCUGUUGCAGCUCCUGCACCUGUACAAACAUCAACAUCUGCAGGUACUUCAGAUACACCCAUGCUCGACCCUGGCAGUGUUGCGGCCGCACAGAAACAUGCCAAAUGGGCCAUCAGUGCUCUUAAUUAUGACGAUAUCAAGACAGCCCGCACUCAGUUAUUGACAGCGUUGAACGAUCUUGGAUAUAAUCAGCAAAAUAACUUUGGAUACUAA